AUGUGGCUCCUCUGGGCGCUCUGGGCGCUGUCCCUAGCCGGCCCCAGCACGGGCCUGACCGGGGAGCAGGUCCUGCACAGCCUGCUGGAGCAGCUGCAGCUGAGCCAGGCCCCGGUCCUGCCCGGGGCGGGCGCCCAGGGCGCGGCCAUCCCCGCCCCCAUGAGGGCCCAGUACGUGGCUUUGCUCCACCGCAGCCACGGGGGGCGCUCCCGGGAGAAGAGGUUCAGCCAGAGUUUCCGAGAGGUGGCCGGCCGGCUGCUGGCGUCCGAGGCGUCCGAGGCGUCCGCGCUGGUGCUGGCCUUCGGCCUGGAGCGGCGGCUGCCGGCCGGCAGCGAGCUGGUGCGGGCGGCGCUGCGGCUCUUCCAGCGGCCGCCGCCCCCUGCGGCUCCGCGCCGGCCCGAGCGCAGCGCCCGCGCGCAGGUCACCGUGGAGUGGCUGCGCGUCCUGCCCGACGGCUCCCGCCGCGCCUGGCUGGUGGACUCCAGGCUGGUGAACGUCCAUGACAGCGGCUGGAAGGCCUUCGACGUGACCGACGCCGUGACCUUCUGGCGGCAGCUGAGCCCGCCGCGGCCGCCGCUGCUGCUGCGCGUGUCGGUGCGCCGGGAGCCGCUGGGCCCCGGGGCCGCGGGCGCGCACCGGCUGGUCCGCUUCGGGGCGCAGGGCCCGGAGGGCGCGGAGGCCGCCCCGCGGCUGGAGCUGCACACGCUGGACCUGGAGGCCUACGGGGCUCAAGGCGACUGCCGCCCCGAGGCCCCGGCGGAGGGCGCCCGCUGCUGCCGCCGCGAGAGCUACCUGGACCUGCAGGGGCUGCGCUGGGCCGCGCACUGGGUGCUGGAGCCGCCCGGCCUCCUGCUGCACGAGUGCGCCGGCGCCUGCCGCCAGCCCCCCGCGCCGCGCGCCCCGCCCGCGCCCUUCCUGGGCCCGCGGCGCUGCGUGGCCGCCGAGACCGGCCCGGUGCCCGUGAUCGUGCGCGCCGCCGCCGAGGGCGGCGAGGCCCGGCCGCGCCUGCUGAGCCUGCCCGACCUGCGCGUGCGCCGCUGCGGGUGCGCCGCCGACGGGGCGCCGCUGCCGCGCCCCGCUGCGCCCCUAGCGCGGAG